CGGCCACAAGCUUCAAUGUGCUUGCCUCACAACUCGCAUCAUGUUACAGCAUUCACGUUCGCUGAGCAGACGAGGCUUACAGUACUUCAACACCGGCAUAUACACGAGCGCAACAGUAAUCUCACGUGCCGAAAUUGCUGGCGAGAAAACCUGGUAUCCGCCGAGAACUCAUCAGAGCUUUAAAAGAGCAUACACCGCAAGCAAGAUCACUCGAAUGGCUUCGUCAAACACGAUCAGCAGCGUCAAAGGCGAUGGCUACACUUUGGGCGUCCUCGCUUGCGGCACCAUGGGCAAUGCAAUUCUGAGCGGCAUUUUCCAGUCGUUGAAUGAACAAAACAAGCUUCACCAAAGCAGUAGCGACCGACAACUCAUUCCCAGUAGAUUUGUUGCUAGUGUGCGAAGACCUGAAGGAGCUCAGAAGAUUAAAUCGGAGCUUCGUCAUUAUCCUCAAUUCGAGAAGCUGUCCAUCUAUCAGAACGACAACACCAGCGCAGCGAAGGAAGCAGAUGUUGUGAUUCUCGCGUGCGCGCCAAACAAGCCUGCUUCAAUUCUGCAAGCGCCUGGAAUGAAAGAAGCACUUUCGGGCAAGCUCUUGAUCCACAUCCUUGCGGGAGUUUCAGUGAAGGACGUCCAAGAACAACUGCACGACACUACUGCACCUGAAACCUCGCAAUGUACUAUAGUGAGGACGCUACCGAAUGCAGCUGCAGCAGUGAGACAAAGUUGCACAGUCGUCGCAACCUCAGACCCGCUUCUCACGCCUGAGCAUGAUGCCAUUGUCAAGUGGAUCUUCAGCCAAGUCGGUCGAGUCAUAUAUCUUCCUGAAGCACAAAUGAACAUCGCGGCCGUUCUCGCAGGGGCUACUCCUGCCAUGAUGGCAACUCUGAUCGAUGGUAUUGCACAAGGUGGGAUUGAGCUCGGAAGCCCGAUGAGAGAAAGCUACGAAAUGGCAGCACAAGCUAUGAUUGCGGCUGGGACACUGGUCCUCCAGGGAGCGCAUCCGGCUCAGGUUCGAGAUGGCUGCAGCUGUCCCGGAGGAUGUACUGCCAAGUCCCUGGCAGUGAUCGAAGAAGGUGCCGUGAAGGGAACUCUGGCAAAGGCAGUCCGGGAGGGCGUAGGCGUUGCUGAGAAAUUGGGUGCGAAAAGCGACUAGAACAUCAUUCACAAUGAUGGUAUAGUCUCCGUGCCGGCGUUGAGACAGAGUACACACGAUGUAGACAAGGCGUGGAAGUGGCAAACAUGUCUCAGUCGCAGACUUACAGGUAUGAAACAUGCAGAACAAUGCCAAAUACCAGCGCAUAUUCACAAACAAGGCCACGAAGAAAUCAAGCAUCCUCACAAGAAAUUCCAUUCGGAGGCCAGAACCCUGUUCUUCCCAUCUACAUAGCCAGGAGUUUGCUCGCCCACAGCCAUUAUCAAGCGCCAGCAUCGUCAACACUCUCCAAACUAUGCCGCCAGAAACACGAUCCGAAAAGCUCGAAUGCACCAGCUGUUGGGAAAUCCUCUCCAAAUGGUGGUUUCCCGACCUACCACUCGCCGCCGGCUGCGAACACAAAAUCAACAUCUGCAUCAAAUGCCUUCAAAAAUGGAUCACUACUUCUAUUGACUCUCAAUAUCAGCCACGAAUUCUUUGUCCGC